UUGGCGUGAAUGAAUUUGAGAGAGAGGGAGUGAGUCGCAAAAGACGCAUUCUAAUACCGUUUUUCAUUCAUCCGUUUCCAAAGUCGUAAAGUCUUCGCAGUCCAAAAAUGUCAGACGGAGCAUUGCAGGUACUCGACGGAACGCAUCUUAGGGACGUCGAUCUCACCCUUCCGCCGCCGCCGGAGCUCCAUUCCGCUCUCUCCGGAGCUUACAUACUCGACAUUGCUCAUUCCAGAGUCUCUGCUUCUCUCUUUGGUCUCUCAUUGCCCCAACGUCUCACCGCCACCGCCCUCACGCGCCUCCCCGCCGCCUCCGACCACCACGCUUUCCGCUCAGCAGAGUUCGACCUGGAAAAGGCCUCGCAGAUUCUGAGAGACUACGUAACCGCGAUCGCCGAUGAACUCAAAGAUAAUCCUCUUGUUGUAUCGGUCUUGGAUGGAAGCACUCUCAAUUUGUUAUUAGAGGACGAGGAUGAUUUUGCUAUGUUAGCCGAAAAUCUGUUCACGGAUUUAGAUGUUGAAGAUAAGGGAAAGAUCAGCAAGAGUCAAAUUCAGAAUGCGCUGUCCCAGAUGGGCGUUGAUAUGGGCGUUCCUCCUUUCUCAGAAUUUCCUCAGCUAAAUGACUUGUUGAGAAAACAUGGAGCGGAUGGAGAGGAAGAAUUGGGUCAGGCACAAUUUGCACAGCUUCUCCAGUCUGUACUGCAAGAUCUGGAAGAAGAACUUUCUAAAAAGAAUGUUGUUUAUAUCCACAAUAUUCAAAUCAUAAAUGGCUCUAAGCUAAGACAGGUAUUGGGCAAUGAAGAGGAGCUAAACAGCAUCGUCGAGAAGGUAUUGAAGGAAAAAGCAGAGGCAAAGGAUGGGUUAGGAAGCAUAGAAAUAAUAAGGAGCUUCCUGGAGAAAAACGCUAAGGAGUUAGGUUUACCACGAUCUGAAGCUAACGAGGCAGUUGUUCUUCUGUACGAUGAUGUUUUUACUAAUGUUGCGAAAGCAAAAGGCAGUGCAGAGUUAGAGAAAGAGGAGCUGGUAAAACUUGUGAAGGAUAUACUAGAAAGAUUGGCAGAGCAGCUCCAGUCAAAUCCUAUUUUCGAGGAAGCUUGAGGUAAGUAAAGAGCCACAUGUAUUGUAAGUUAUACCUAGUGAGUGAUGUAUGUUUAAAAUGCCGAACCAUGAUUUGGGAUCUCACACAGGAGGAUUAUGUUGUGUAAUGAAUUUUACGGAUGUGAAGCUUGCUUCAGUAGCAUGCCCGUGGCAUUAUUAGUAUCUCUAUUACUAUCA